UAUAAAUUUCGGCGCGUUUCUUCUCUCCCUUCCCAUUCUUCAUUUAUUUUCCUUAUUUUUAUUCUUUCAAUUUUCUCCCUUUAUCCUUUAAAAAAGCUCUUUAAGCGGCUUUAAAGUGCUUUGAAUUAAAGUUGCUUUUUGUGAAAAGAUUUGCGAAUUUUUUUUUGUAAAAAUUUGUAAGUUGGUGACCUGCAAAAUUUUUUUAUCGAUUUUUUUCUGAAAUUUAUUUUUGGAUUUUUUGUCUUUUCCAUUCAUUUUCUUUGUCUUAAAAUAAAAAAAAAUUUUUUUUUUCAGAUUUUUCAAAAUUUAUUUUAAAUGACUGAAAGUGAGCUUCUCACCAGAAAUCCUCAAUUGACAUUACACACACCUCAUCAACACAGCCAGCAGCAAUUACAACAACAGCCUUCGACGUCUUUAUUGCUUAACCCUCAUGUACGACUUGAGUCGAGGCCUGAAACUUUUACAGCUUCAAAUUUGAUCAAUUCUUUGGAGACUAAUUAUCAUAGCAUUUUUGAACGUUUUGGCAAUUCACCACUUACAGAAACAACUCAAUAUUUGACAAACAAUAUUAUUGACCCUAAAGAGGCAAAACAUUUAAUAGAUGGAUUUCUUUGUGGUGUUUUGGUUGAUGCACCAAAUGCUGAAAAGCAUUUUACCUGCAUCAAAACUCUAGCAAUUUCAACAGAUCAAUGGAUGAGCCUUUUAACUUCAUUCAAUAUUUUAACUUUGGAAUGUUUUCCAUUUAUGAAACAUUCAUGCAAACAACAACUUUUAUAUUUUAUUGAUGAAACUUUAAAAUUACAACUUAGAACAAAUUUAGACUCUUCUUUUACAAAUAUUUGCAGAGCACUUUCUGAUGGCACAGAUUUCAAAGAGACUUGUCAAAUAGUCCAUCAAUUUGCUCAUCGUUUAUUAUCUUCACAUCAAAAAUUGGCAACAUUUCCUCGAAAUUCUUCAUUUCCACCAACAGCAUUUGCCUUAUUUUCUCGUUUUAUUAGUGAUGCUCAAUUAGUUGCGAAUGCUGGAGUUAUGAAUUUGGAAAGUUUUAAGGCGCCUUUAGUUGAAAUUUGUGUAAUUUUGGUUCGUGAACGUUUUCCCGAUCUUCUACAACUUGGACACGAUUUGUUUUUGCUAUUAUUGCGUCUUUCUAGAGUUUCACAAUUUGUGCCUAUAUGGCGUACUUUGUUACACAAUCCAUCUGCUAUGGCCCCUAAAUUUAAUGGUUUACAACAACUUUUGAGCAUUCCAACUUCAAGUGGUCUUUUAUCUCACAGAGUUAGUUUAAGAAUAAGCAGAAAAAUGGCUGAAAUUCUUAAAAAUCAUAUUCGUAUAUCUUCUUUAAAUGCUACAAAUCCUUCAUUGGCAGCACAAUUAAAAUCUGAAUUAAAUAAACAGUUUGAAGCGUUGAAAGCUAUGCAUUUGAGUGGACCUGACAGUGGCAGUAUUCGUGCAGAAAUUAUUAGGCAUGUUUGGGCAUUUAUUGAGCCGAAAGAGUUUAAUUCUCAUUCUAAUGAAGCACGCGCUACACUUCUUGGAUGGUUAUUACGAACAGCUAAGCCUGGUGCUGAACUUCAAUGGUGUAAAUUGUCAUUCUUUUGGGAGUGGUUUGGUUUUGAUCCAUCUAUACCCAAUUCACAUUUGGCUGCUGAACCAGUAAUCUCUACACUUCGACAUUUAUUAAAUACAGGCCAUACUCCUUUGGGAAAUUCACUUGUUGAUUUUUUGAUUAAGUCAACCAGCGUUCUUUAUCCACCAUUAAAUUUCUUUUUUGUAAAUUCUAUCACUGCAGCAAUGAAAUCAUUGGAAACGACUGCUUGUUUGCAAGUUUCACCAGUCUUUCUUCACAGCAAAUUAGACCAAAUAUUACGUGAUCAAUUUCGUUCAACUUUUCCAGAUUUUUUUCCAAAACGUUUAACAUCUAUAGCAGAUAAUUUGGCAGCUCCAUCUUCUAUAAUUGAUUUUGAAGCUAUUCGGAAAACAACAACAAAUUCAUCUACAAGUUGUACAAGUUUAGUUAAUAAACAAUCAAAUGUUGGUGUGACAACAGAAAAUUUGAUGGAAAACGAGAAACUCGAAAAAAAUGUUUUGAUUAAUGGAAGGGUGGUUAUGGGUGGAGGAGUAGGUGGGGGAUCAAAUGUCGUCUCUAGCAGUACCAAUGAAUCUAAAUUGUCAACAACUUCAAGCAGUACAGGGCAAAUUAAAGUAGAACCUGAAGGUGUGGGAGGAGAAGGUUUCGGAAAAAAUUUAAAAAAUGUUGGAGAGAGUGUAAGGGAAGGAGGAAGAGAAAUUGGUGGAGGGAUAGGAGGAGGAGGAAAGGAAAAGGAAGGUGGAGGAGGAGGAACAAUUUUGAGAACAACUUCAGGAACUCGUAGACCUUUAACUACAUCAACCUCAUCAAUAGAAAUAUCCACUUCCCCGUUAAAGAAAAAAUUAAAAAAAGAGGAAGAAGCUGGUGGACGUUCUCCUCAACUUGAUAAAUUUAAAAAAGAAAAGAAGAAGGAAAUAAAACAACAAAAAUUAUUGAAGAAAAAUGAAGGAGGAGGAAUUAAUAAUAAUUCUAAAUUGACUUCAAAUUAUGUUGGCGGUGAAGCAGCAACAACGAAAAAAUUUGGAAGCGAACUAGCAGUAAAAUCAUCAAAAAGUGACGAUUCUUUACAAUUAACAAUUGCUGAGGAUGAAGAGGAGGAGGAGGAGGAAGAUAAUGAGAAGGAAGAAGGAAAUGUAUGGGAGGAUGAGGAUAAAGAAGAAAUUGAAGAAAAGGAUGGUGAGGAUGAUGAAGCAGACUUACAAAGUACUUCAAAACGUUUACCUUUAACUUCACUUUUGCCAAUGGUUAGAGAAGAAUUUCGUGAACAUUUGGAAGGAAUGUUUAAAGCAAUAAAAAAGAAGCAACAACAACAAAAUUUGUCUUUAGAUGAAGCGAUUAAUUCAAUGCAAAAUUUGUUGGAUAGUAUUUUUGAUGCGGUUUGUUUGUUGAUUUUUUAGAGGAAAAUUGGGAGGUUUUUUAGGAAUAGUUGUGGUAAUUUGGGGCACUUGUCUCAGGGAAAAUUUUUUUAAAGAGGAUAAAAUGAGGGGGAAAUUAUUUUCUAUUUUUGGAAACUGAGGGUGAAGAGUAUCAUGAUAAGAAAAAAAAGAAAAUGUAUGGGAAGAAGAUUUUUGGUGUUGAAACUUACAAAACUUUUUUAGAUGUUU